AUGCAGGUCGUUAAGAGUUUAUUGUGUUUUGUUUGCGUAUUUGUCGUUUUUAAUGCAGGUGUGUGCACUGGACACUUUUGGGUCACAACAGAUGACUUGGAAAACCACAUCAGUCCCGAAGAUCUCAAUGAAUUUUUAAAAUGGCGAUAUCUAAAUGAUAAUGAUAAUACAACUACAACUUCGUUUCCUGAUUUGGACUACGGUUCGCUUGAGGAUAAUAUUACUGGGCUCCCAGUACCCGAUAUCGUCGAUUGCUUCGGCUUGGGCUCUUUCGCUCAGCGACUCUUCAAUAUGCAACCGGACUCUGCCGAUAAAGUCAAUACUCAUUUCUACUUUUCUUCGCGGCAGUACCCGGAAAGGGUUCAGGUUUUCCCUGGAGAUCAGUUUGGCUUGGAAUGGGUGGACUUCCGACCAGACAGACAAACAGUGAUGAUUGUACAUGGAUUCAUGAGCCACAGUAACGCUUCAUGGGUUACCGAUAUGACUCGAGCGUUUUUAGAGUGGGGUGAUGUGAAUGUUAUCGCUGUCGAUUGGAGCAAAGGCGGAAAUACUUGGAAGUACUGGAGAGCUGUAGCAAAUACCAGAAGAGUUGGUUCCGAUGUUACAGGGUUCCUGCGUCAACUGAUAGCUGUGACCGGAGCGAAGGUCGGAGACUUUCACUUCAUCGGACACAGUCUCGGCGCUCACAUUUCCUCAUACGUUUCGUACCAUUUGGGAGGCGUAGCAAGAAUCACUGGUCUUGAUCCGGCCCAGCCCUGCUUCCGUACUGACAGUCUAGCGGAGCGUUUGGACGCGACCGAUGCCGACUUCGUUGACGUGAUUCACACGAACGGACGGCUUUUAAAGAGGAUUGGUUUUGGGUUUCCCGAACCGACAGGUCAUGCAGAUUUUUAUCCCAACGGCGGUAUGAAGCAGCCGGGUUGUUACAACACGUCGAAUUCAAUAUGGGCGCGUAUCUUGUCCAUACCGGUCAUAAGACUUCAGCAAGCGAUAUGCAGCCAUGGGCGCUCAUAUCUUCUCUUCACCGAGUCUUUAAUCAACAAUAACUGUUCGUUUAGGGGUCAUCGCUGGAAUUUGACUUAUGAAGGUGUCAAUGCGACUUUAGAAGCAGCCUGUGACCGAAUAGCGUCCUGUUCCGAGAUGGGCAUACGAGCAGUGGGUGGAAACGGCUUGCCGAGAGCCAGUGGCGCUUACUUCGUGCUCACUACCGAGAAGGAACCUUAUUGUCCUACAGAGUGGGAACGUCGUCAUCCACUCCCGGAAUUGUUGCAUGACCUUCGUAAGGGCUUUCGUUUGGACCGAUCGAUAAAACCCGCUGCCAACGCAACCGCGGAAUAUGCUGAUCCAAUUGGUACGAACCCAGUUACUACCACCACUGAGACAAGUUGGUUCAGGAAGUGGUUUGGUUGA